UGCCAAUUUUAGAAAAUGUCGAACACACUUGUGAUCGGUGCCGGAGGUUUCAUCGGAGGUUUUGUAGCGGCUGCUCACCUUGAGAGCAAUAUUCCGACAUUUCUUCUCCGUCGAUCUGGUUCUAACUCUGAGACUGCCUUCCAAAUGUUUAAGGAAAAAGGAGCUACAAUUAUUGAGGGUUCUUUUGCUGAGAAAGAAAUGAUGGAGAAGUUGUUGAGAGAGCAUAAUAUUGAGGUUGUGAUUUGUGCCACUGGUGGUGGGAAUAUUCUUGACCAAAUUGCCCUCAUUGAAGCUAUUAAAUCAGUUGGCACAAUUAAGAGAUUUUUGCCGUCAGAAUUUGGCCACGACAUUGAUAAGGCAAACCCAGUUGAGCCGGGUUUGACUUUUUAUGAACAUAAAAGACUUAUUAGACGAGCCAUCGAAAAAACUGGAAUACCGUAUACAUAUAUAUGCUGCAACUCCAUUGCAAGUUGGCCAUAUUACAAUAACAUACAUCCGUCUAAGGUCACUCCACCGUUGGAUUAUUUCCAAAUCUACGGAGAUGGCUCCGUUGGAGCUUAUUUUGUGAGUGGAAAGGACAUUGGAAAAAUCACAGUGAAGGCAGCAAAUGAUCCAAGAACACUGAACAAAGCCAUUCAUUUCAGACCACCUUCAAACCUGUUCAACAUCAACCAAAUGGCCUCUUUAUGGGAAGCCAAACUUGGUCACAAACUCCCAAGACUCACUAUCACUGCUCAUCAUCUUCUCUCCAUUGCUGCAGAAAUGAAGAUACCAGAGAGUGUAGUUGCAGCAUUAACUCAUGAUAUAUUCUUCAAUGGAUGCCAAACAAACUUCUCACUUGAUGAAGAACAUGAUUUGGAAGCUUGCAAGCUUUAUCCAGAGAUCACAUUCCAAACACUUGAUCAUUGCUUUGAUGAAUUUGCACUCACUCUCAAGAACAAGAUUCACAACAUCAACAACAACAACAUCAACAACAACAUCAAACACUUUGCAAAGCCAUUGAUGCUCAUCAACAACAAUACUGUUUCUCAAGCUCUUGAUGAAGCUCAUGCUAUCAACAACAAUGGCCAUGCUGCCACCUUUGCAUGAAAUUGGAACCUCUCUCUCUCUCUCUAUAUAUAUAUCUCUAUUUAUCUAUUUAUCUAUUUAUAUUUGAGAUUGCAAUUAAUUAAGCUUUUUUUUGUUUCUAAUUAAUGUAGUAAGUGAUGUCUUUGUACUUUUUAGGGGGAUUUGUUUGAUACAUAUAUAGAGAGCUUAUGAACUAUAUAUUAUGUGGAGUGGUUUAUAUAUUAUUAUUAGUAAGUACCUUUAUCAUGAAGUGUAUUUCUAUCUUGUAGACUCUCUCUCUAUUAAUAAAAUAUUUAUUUUGUGUUUUAA